GUUUUACUCCGGCCCUGCCAGCUUGCCAUCUCUAUAUAACGAAUCCCAUCCUCGCUCUUCUUCCCACCAACACAAGGAUCGAUCAGCAUUCAGCCCAAUUUCACACCCCACAACAGAGAAAUCACAGAGCUCGUACAGAUCAGUCAAGUCAACAAUCCCCUCCAACGCAACAACAAGAAGAGAAGAUGGCGGCUGCAGCGAAGGCAUCGUGGACGGUGGCGAUGAGCGUGGGCGCCGUGGAGGCGCUCAAGGACCAGGCCGGCCUCUGCCGCUGGAACUACGCGCUCAGGUCCAUCCACCGGGCCGCCAAGGCCAAGGCAAGCGCCCGCGGCGCCGUCUCGCAGGGCAAGAAGCAGCUUCCGGUCUCUGCGGCGGCUGUGGCAGAGCAGCGGCGAGCGCAGAAGGCCGAGGAAGGGUUGAGGACGGUGAUGUACCUCAGCUGCUGGGGACCCAAUUAGUAGAUGCAAGCUUGCGGUUAGCAAUCACUAGCUAGGUGUGUUUGCUGCAACAACCGUUGCCUGAGACUUGGCUGGUUGAUUGUUUCCCCAUUGUAAUAUACCACGAGACGAUGAUGAUGAAACUUUUCAGUACGCUCAUUCGCAAAAUCAAAAGAGAGUUUAUACUACCCUCCUUGUUCGUUUGCUUC